AUGUUACACUGGCCAGUUGACAUUGCUUGUGCUCAAGAGUCUUCUUCCACUAGUCCAUGUGGUCCGGACGAACAUUUUUCUGUUGCUGUCACAACAGGACACAACCCCGACACUAGCCACAGCCCAGAGGACAUAAAUAGUCCUGAAUCAGCUGUUGUACCUACGAAAAUAUCUAAGAACAAGGAGGAACUGGACUUAUCUCACUCAAGCCAGAACAACUCUGCCAUUCAGUUGCACAUCAAUCAGAGCUAUAGACAUUCUGGAAGACUUUCGAUGGAGCUGGUAUGCCGACAAUUCGAAGAGAAGCUUGCUAAACUCAGGAAGACAUGCUGGACUUCAAGGAACUCUUGUUAG